AAAUGUAUCGCCAAACGAAUAAGUAGAGUACAGAAAAUCUCACUUGGUUAUUAUAUGAUUAGGACAAUAAUUGAAUAAAUGUUUGGUGAAACAAUAUAAAUAUUAGGAUUUAAUAUAACCGAUGCACAGAUCAAAUCCAUCCACUGCAUGCAGUAUCUUAUUUCUUUUGAAUGAUUUAUACCGCCAUCUUAAUCAUCACCUUAAUUGGUGAUAGCAUUGGUCAAACCAUUUACAAGGAUAAUAGGGAUGACAAGCCGAUUAAUGGACUGCAAUUUGACAUCGAUAUAUUUCAUUACAGAGAAUUAUAUUUGGAAGACAAAAUAAAGAGCUGUAACCAGGAAGUAAAAUCCUUAAGAGAUAGAGACGUGCAAUUAAAGAAACAAAUGAAGAAUUUAAAAGAUCAAAAUAACUUGACUAGAGAAAAAGAUGACAUUUUACAAUUUCAACUUAGAUGUCAAAAUGAAACAGGAACAUAUCAAGAGAGAAGGGUUGUAAAUGCCCAGUAUUGCUUUAUGAAAUCUUCUUUCACGUGGAAUGCAGGCAAGACAAAAUGUCAAUCAUUUAAAUCGUAUCUACUUGAGAUUAACUCUGAGGCAGAACAAAACUGGCUAAUGGAUAAAGUUUCCACAGGCAAAUGGUGGACCGGAGGAAUAAAACACCCACAAUAUGACGACUGGGUGUGGGAUCACUCGGGCAAUGACUUAACCUACAGGAACUGGUAUCCGAAUCAACCAAACGGUGGCAAAAGCGAAGAGUGUAUGUUGUCAGAGGAUGGUUCGUGGCAUGAUUAUCCGUGUGAUUUUAGGUUUAAAAUAAUUUGCGAGAGAGGAAUGUGAGAUGUUUACGUGUCAAUUGUGAUACCUAUGCUUAAAAAUAAUCAACAUUUCAAUCUAACUAUAUAACGUUGAACCCAGUUCACGAAGUUUGUGAGGAGGUUAAUACAUUCGUGUUUUCAUUGUUUAAUUAACUGUUAUUAAAAAUGCAGUGCUGCUAUCAUGAACGUUGACAAAACAAUCCUAUCCUUUAUCCUGUAUCCUGCAUCCACCCUUCAAAAAAGGUCAUCAUAUCCUAUGCCAUAACAUCCAUAUUUAGGUAUGAAAGUUAAAAAAUUGCAAUUUAAGAAAAAUCAUAUAUUAUUAACUGUCUUUCGACUUUUGCAGUUAAAGAAACGUCUAAUUAAUAUAACAAAAUCGAAAAUCUUUAAAAUGAGGUAACUUAUUUGCAUCGGUGAUAUAAAAUCGUACGCGGAGUGUACUGUGGUUUCAUUAAUAUUCAAGGGUAUCAAUUUUCGUGGAUAAAGUGACAAUUACAGUUUCAAGGAUACGUAAAUUCGUGGCCAAUGGCCAUAUCAAUACAAAAUGUAAAUAAAAAUUGCACUUUUAUGGACGUUUUAUUUCGUGGAUCAACUAAGCAACGAAAUCCACGAAAAUUGGUAUUCAAAGAAUAUUGAUGAAACCACAGUACUCAAUUACAUAAACAAACAAGUAAGAGAUUAAAGCUUUUUUUUAUAUCAUAUAUCUAAAAUAAUGAUUAAAAAGGAUAUAAAGAACUUCUAUAUAUUGCUUGAAUCUUGUUACGGUACUUUUUAUUGCUUGAUAUAAUAUACAGGAAAAUUAUCGUUAAUCGGCUGAUUCGGUCGCCGAUAAAUGUAAACACGAUUUAGAAAAGCAGCACAUUAUAAAUUAAAACUUUGCAUUUGUUGCUAAUUCAUUUGAAUCUAUUGAUAAAACAUAAAUUCGUACGCAUCUGUUGGUUUGCUUACAUUUUUUAAUUUGAUAUGUUCAGUUUAUUUUCGGGUUUUAUACAUUCUAGUGAUCGGACAACGAAGAAAUUAUAUGAAACGUGAUAAGUACACAGAAACAACGGGCGUUUCUUGUUAAAGCUGACAUGAAUUCUUAAAAGCAUUUGGUCGCCAUGUUAGUUUCGAUCGCUCCUCUACUGCCACUGGGGUAUAAAUACCGGUCGAGAAAGUUACGGUCGGCUGCUUUCCGAUCGAGGCAUUCAGGUUGUACGGACUUCUUAAUGCAUAAACUACACAUUGUAGUAAAAUGUUUGUAAUAAAGAAUAAAGGAAACAACAAUCAAUAAAAUACAAAAUAUAUUUAUUCUUUGAGAGAAUUUCCAAGGAACUAGUAUCUGUAUUAUUUUGCACAGAUAGUGCUGCCUUACUUCAAAUGCACAUCAAACACGUGUGUCGUUGAUACAGAGUGCACAACGUCUGCAUCUUAUUUGAAAACACCGGCGGCACUACAUCCAAUCCAGUAGCUAAAUGAUAGUAAAUCCAAGAAAGUAACAACGUAACAGUGACUCUUUUCCAUCGAUUCUAUAAAAACGCUCCGUUUCCAUGCGAACAUAUAUUGACAUUGCUCGAUCACCCACAGCGUGUAGUUGCGCAUGUGCAAUGUUAUAACAUAAACAGGAAAAGGGUCAACAAUUAUUGAGGAUUUUUGAAGUUUAUAUGCCUGGAUUUCGGUAUGUCUUGUUUCGUCGUUCAUUGGAUAUAUUCCUUGUCAGUGCAGUGGUUGUCAUAUUAUUUUUGUUCAAAACGUGUGUCUUCUCGUCUUUUCGUCUAAGGUAACGUGUUCGGGUGUAUGAAAUACCUGAAUGCGGUGAAGCAUGAAUUGUGCUCUCGGUCUUAUAUAGGGGGUGUGUAGCGAUGAGCAGAACAAUAGAAAUCGGCAACUAAUAUGGCGGUAGUCGGAGAUAAAAGGGAAAUAAUGCGUAUCUAUGAAUUCAUGUCAGCUUUAAGAUACAAGGUACAUACUUUUAUGUCAAAUUGGUCACAGACUGAAUGUCUAUGUUUUUAUACUAUUGAGGUUUUUAAAUAAAGCAAUAAGACUUUAUUCAUGUAUUGAUUUAACGCUGCAUUUAUCAGUCUAGAGUUUACUUUAACUCCAUACUUACGCUGUAUACGAGUUGACUAACAUGUAGCGCAUAUCAAAUUUCUUUACCGCUUGUUAAAUAUAAAACAUUAUAUUUAUCUAACAGUUUUAAUUUGUAUUACAAAUUAAAAUGAUGUUGUAAAAUAAUGUAUUUCUAAAUUAUUUUUAGUUUCGCAAAACCAUUUUAAAAUUUAUACUCGAUUUUGAUUGGCAACAGGAUCCAGGAUAGGAUAGCGUUUGACUUCAUUAUUUUAUCAUGUAUCGUGCAUCCUAUCUGUAUCAACUUCCAGGAUAGCAGCACUGUAGCAGCAUGCUUAUAAGUACUAUUACUAGCCCAAUAUGUAUGCUGCUCGAAUUCCUUGAAAUAUUUGU